GAAUUAAAAGAGGCAUGCGCCUAUGUCGUUAUGUCACUAGUGAGCACUAGUCAUAACCAAGGAUUAUCCCCCUCUCACUCAAAGCAACCACCCGCCCCUCGAAUGCUAAAUUCUAAAUGCUCGUUGCUAAGGAGCUUAAUGUUUCAGUAUGCAAGUUAACGAAACAGCCACAACUACUAAUUGGCGAUCUUUGUUUUCAGCUGCCUGGUGCUCACUACAACAAAAUCAAAUCUCAAAUGCAUUUCUCGAAUAUAUGCUGCAGCUUUUUGCUGGUAAUUGUCUAUAUUAGCGGAAUUCUAUUCUGCUGGGCCGAAAGCCAAGCAGGGCCCAAAUUUAUAGCGUUACAGAGAAAUCUCACCAUUGGUAAUCUUUCGUACGCUCGAUUCAGAUUCAACGCGCAGAAAUAUCUGGAUAUUCCAAAAGAGGUGUAUUCUGUGGUAAAUGCAUCCGAGUGCGCUUUACAUUGCCUUCGCAACUUUAAAGGGCUAUCCUUCAACAUGAAGAUCCUAGCAGACGAGAGUGGAAAAUUUGACUGUGAAGUCCUUACCGGGGAUCGCUUCGUGGACCUCAGCAAAUACAAGAACAGCUCCACCCAUCACCACUACAGUCUCUACACGGAAUGCGAACGGAUUACUUGUAAGAACAGCGGCACCUGUAUUCCAAGCUACGAGACAGGCGACUUCACGUGCGCUUGCCAACCUGGGUACACCGGACGCUUCUGUGAAAUUAUGCCAAGCUGGUGCUACUCAUACACACAGUUAACGGAAGCAGAUCGACAUAUGAACUUUGGUAACCCAAACCUAAAAUGUGACCACGCAAUAAUUACAACCAAGUGGUACCGGUUCAUGGGAUCUGCCGGGACUCGAAUGCCAACAUCAUGUGUUCCAAUGAAUAGAUGCAACACGGCAGCCCCAGGAUGGCUGAACGGCGCCCAUCCAUCGGCAACUCAAGGCGUCAUGACUCGUCAAGUUUGUUUUACCUUUAAUGGUAACUGCUGCGCCUGGUCAGUCAGCGUAGGAAUACAAAACUGUGGAGGGUUAUAUUAUGUGUAUAGACUAGCACCACCACCGAUUUGCGAUUUAAGGUAUUGCGGCGUGUAAAGCACUUACCAACCACAGGGGGCUCAUCCAUAUGGCUUGGAUAAUUUUCUGAGCCGUGCGUUGUAUCUCUAAUCCUAAGAAACAUUUUUUGUGGCCUGCUAGCCGACUCUCAUUCGGGGUUAUUCGGAAAUGUUGCGCCGAGGUGCGCUGAGGCAAAGGUCUUUGCCGGCUCAACUUUUCGUUUCUAACUUCGUUUAACUUCUCUUUCUUUAUUGGACGGUUUUGAUAACGUGCAUGUUUUGGGUUAAUCGCAUUCUUUUCAACUCCAAAUUGUAUGUAAAGUAUCUGGUAAAUAUUACUAUCCAUAUAUUUUUUAUGAUUUCCUUGAACUUCAAACAAUUUUUCAGACAUUGUUACUUGGAUUUUGUUGCUCAAAGCCGGGACUAACUCGAGCUCCCAUUAAUAAUGGGUCUCUAAGGAAAAUUUGUUGGGGAGGAAAUUGUCUUCUUAAGACACCAGCUAUUGUUUUGGGGGUAUGACAAGUUUGAUUGUAAGGAUGUCUACAAGAAAUGUAAAGCAUAUAAAUAAAGAAAGCAGUCAGUAGAUGAUUUGAACAAAGGGCUUAAUGUAGUUGACAAUACCACGUGCACGGUCACAAGAACGCUAGAUGAUAUUGUGAGCACGAUUUGCUCGAUGCUAAUGUAUUCAUAUUACUUAUUAUGGUUAGCUGUAAUGAAAAAAAAAGCAUGCAAUAAAGUGUUGUACCAGUG